CAAUAGGAAGUGGGCCUUGCGGAACCUGGAGUCUGUGUUUACACAAGGGAGAGAACUGACUUGGUAAACCUCAAACUGACGCUGGAACAUGCCGCAGCUCGUCAUACUCACUCUCAGCCUGUUACCAUGGAUCCCAGCCUUCCUCUGUGGGGUAACUACCAUGGAAGAGUUUUCAGUCCUGGAGGGCCGAUCCCUCACAGUCCCGUGUCAUUAUGAGCCACAGUACGCCAGCUAUGUGAAAUACUGGUGUCGUGGGAGGAUGAGGGAGUUCUGCACCAGCUUAGCCCGAACAGAUGACCCCCGUUCAGUCGAUCCGGCUGUGGACAAAGUGAGCAUUUUAGAUGACCCGGUCCACCAGGUGUUCACCGUGACCAUGAAUGACCUGAAGGUGGAUGACUCUGGGUGGUACAUGUGUGGCAUGGAGAUAGGUGGCGUGUGGAGCGCUGAUGUUGUCGAAUACACUAACAUCAAGGUCAAUCAUGGUAUGUUAGUGGUGAACAACCGACUGAGCGGGGAAGAAGGGAGCAGUGUCAAAGCUGAAUGCGAAUACAGUGUGAGAUUCAGAGAGAGUGAGAAGAAGUGGUGUCGGAGUGGAGACUGGAGCUCCUGUCUGGUGACAGGUUCUGACGGGAGCUACGAAGACACUUCAGUGGCCAUCAGUGAUGACAGAACUGGGGCUUUCACUGUAACCUUAAAGAAGCUGCAGAUGAGAGAUGCUGGCUGGUACUGGUGUUCUGCAGGACAGCAGCAGAUAUCCGUGCAGGUGCUGGUCACACCGCGACCCACGACUACAACAGUGUCUGUGACAUCUCUACCGACCCCAAGUCAGUCUGUUGCACACCUGCCUCCACCCAAACCCAUCUCUAAGGAGUCCUGGAGCAGUCACAGUCACAUCCUGGAGUCUUUGCUGGUGUGCUCUUCUCUAAUGCUCCUUGUGGGUCUGGCCAUAUUGGCAAGAAAGAUGUGGAAACUACACAGGCAGGAUCCUGUGCUAAGACAAGUUAAGGAGAUGAAGGCAAGGCUCAGUGGGUAUUCAGGAGAUGUAGGUGACCUGCCGGAUGCUACUGUUGUUUUCCUUAACAGGGAUUCCCAGGACGUACAUACUAAAUGUAAUGAAUUUGUCAGUAUUCAGUAGCCAGUGCAGCGUUUACUGUUACUCCCUGUAACUGAAUGUAAUUUUUGUUAGAUCACUGCUCUAAUUCUACUGUCUUUUGUAUAUUGCAUAUGAUACCACAUUUAAAGACAUUUAUGGUGUUUUCUGCUUCCUAUUCUCCAUAUGCUUUCCUUAUUGUAAGACACAUAAUCAUGUGGUCCGCUAUUUAAUUUGGUCAAAAACAGGGCCAUAACUACCACUAAGGACACUGAUACAUUCUCCACCUAUUUAGCUGUAGAUGUACAUUAUAUUGUUAUCUGCUCCCAGUAUUUUUAGAUACUUAAAGUUGAUUUCUUUUGUCCAAAAAUAUAAAAACAUACAGGAUUAUAAUUAUUUCUCCACUUGAGUUUUAUGAUGUGGUGAAAUUAAAUAGUAACACUUCACUUUAUGUGUCUGUAAUUUCCUGAUGAGAGUAUCAGUACUAUUAAAUUUCAUUGAAAGAACUUAAUAAUGUGUUAUUAAGUAAAGAGGAAAUGAAAGUUAAACUUUUAGAUUUUUUUUGUCGGCAGCAGAAACGCAAACACAACGACAUAAUUAUCACCUUUUCAGUUUAUAUAUUGAACUUGUUAGCCUAUCACACAUCCAACAGAUGCGCAACAAUAUUAAUAUAUUUAUAUCUAUCAUAUAUAUAUAGUAUAUUUAUUUUGGUGUUUUGGUCUCCACCAGCUCCUGAGGGAAACAUCCAGCUCUUUAGCUAGCUUAGAUGCUUGAUUGUUUGCUAGCUAGUUGCCAUCUUUGAUAUAGAGCUUGGGGGAGCAUAAAGGGCCAUGAUAGAGUUUGAUAAGUAAUUGUUUUCCAGAGGAACUUGCUCAGAACAAUUGUUUGAUUUUAAUAAAAUAUCCUGAAAAUAUAA